CCUUGUGCAGCCAGUAGGGGGAAUCGACUACUCGCACUGGCGCCAACCUCUCUGGUCUUCACUCCUCUUCCCCGUGUUCUCUCAGGUUGUGGAAACGCUGCAGCCCGCUGGUCUGUGUCUGGAUCCCUCACUCGCACAGAGCUGCUCAAGACCCUCCCACCGGCUGGGCUGGGAAAGGAGGAGGCAGUGUGUGCUCUGUUAGUAGCUUCGAACGAGCCCCCUUUACCACCCUGUCAGUGUGGAGGAGAAGGAGAGAGAGAGGCUUGGAUACUGAGUGACAGAGGAAGCACACGCGAGAGAGUCAGGCUGCUUAGAUGAGCGAGAGAGCCGAGGAAGAAUAAGGAGCACGUUUUAUAGAAGCAGAUAACAGGAUCACAGACGAGGGACUUCAGGACACAAUCGCUGUCUUUUUUUGUAAUCACUUGUCUGCUAACUGGAACUGCGUGGAUUGGUUAACCAACCAGUGGAUUUUUGAAUAUUUGCCUGUGCCACAUCAUUUAAAAACUGGGAUCUUUCUCUUAUCUGUGCUCCUGCUGGCUUCUCUGCUACAGACUGUGAUUGCUUUCUGUGUCUGUGUCAAGCUCUGUUGUUGUGAGACAAAGUGCAUCUGUUGGCAACUGGCACUGACGAUAUCUUCUUCUGUCAAGCAGGACAGGCAUCGUCAAAUCAAAGGAGAGAGAAAGUGUAUGUGGGGUUGAGCGUGUGUGUGUAAGAGGUGGGAAAGACAGAAAGCGAGGGGCAGUGAGAGAGUGCGAUUAAAACCAAGCCAAAGGACUGGAGUGAACAGCUUGAAUAGAGAAGUGAGCCUAUACGUCCUAACCCGUUUUUCCUUACCAUUCCUUUCCUCCUCCUCUCCUCCUCUUCCUCUCCCAUUCUCAACAUUCUUAGGACUGCCAGAGCUACUGCCACCUGCACCUCCUUGCGUCUCCUCUUUCCUCUUCCUUUUCUACCUCACCCUAACUAUCCAAUCGCAAACUCGCCGCUCUCCGUUCUGGCACUUUAGAAAAUAUUUCUAGUCCAUCAGUAAGUGAGCACCUGCCUGAUACCAAGUGUCUGGAACAGCGAGGCAAAAGUCAUCAGGAGCUCCCUCAUCAGAGGCGGACCUUCUCGGAAGCCCAGUCCGACACACAGAUCUUGCCUUCUCCCCAGAGGACCGGCUUGCAACACACUGGUGCAGACAGCAAAGCCUGGAAUUGCACAGCCCCACCGUCGCCUCCACCACAUUUCUAGCUACUUGGCAGCUCCCGCCCCCGUGUCACCAUUCCCUGCCUCAGUGCUAAGGAUUCCAGCUACAUGGGCAAGCGAUUGGAGCAGCAGCCAAUGUACCCUCAGUACACCUACUACUACCCCCACUAUCUCCAAACCAAGCAGCCCUAUGCUCCACCCCCUCAUCCCAUGGCUCCUCCCAGCCCCAGCACCAACAGCUGCAGCCAGGGAGGGGCGGAGCAGCUCAGUAAGACCAACCUGUAUAUUCGCGGUCUGCCACCUGGAACCACCGACCAGGACCUUAUCAAGCUCUGCCAACCGUAUGGAAAAAUAGUGUCAACCAAGGCCAUUCUCGAUAAGAACACUAACCAGUGCAAAGGUUAUGGCUUUGUGGAUUUUGACAGUCCAGCUGCAGCUCAGAAGGCCGUGUCAUCUCUCAAAGCCACUGGGGUGCAAGCCCAAAUGGCCAAGCAACAAGAGCAGGAUCCCACAAACCUGUACAUCUCCAACCUGCCAGUGUCGAUGGAUGAACAGGAGCUGGAGAACAUGCUGAAGCCCCUGGGUCAUGUCAUCUCUACAAGGAUACUUAGAGAUGCCAAUGGGGUCAGCAGAGGGGUCGGCUUCGCCAGGAUGGAGUCAACAGAGAAGUGUGAAGUUGUGAUACAGCAUUUCAAUGGAAAAUACCUGAAAACCCCACCAGGAAUCCCAGCCCCCACGGAGCCUUUGCUGUGCAAAUUUGCAGACGGAGGGCAGAAGAAACGUCAAAGCCAGAGCAAGUAUCCUCAGAAUGGGAGACCGUGGCACAGAGAAGGGGAGACUGGCAUGGCGUUAACGUACGAUCCUGCUGCAAUGCAGAAUGGUUUCUACUCCUCGCCUUACAGCAUCGCCACCAACCGCAUGAUCGCACAGACCUCCAUCACGCCCUUCAUCGCUGCUUCCCCUGUUUCCACAUAUCAGGUCCAGAGUACGUCAUGGAUGCCUCAUCAACAAUAUGUUAUGCAACCGACAGGUGCAGUGAUCACACCAGCCAUGGACCACACUAUGUCCAUGCAGCCUGCCAGCAUGAUGGGCCCUCUAACCCAGCAGAUGAACCAUCUGUCACUGGGCACUACAGGAAGUUACAUGACUGCUGCAGCUGCCGCCGCUGCACCUAUGCAAGGGACCUACAUUCCCCAGUACACUCCUGUGCCUCCAACAGCCGUCCCUGUCGAAGGAGUGGUGACAGAUGCCUCACCCCAGACGGUGGCUCCUUCAUCACAGGAGGUGGCUGGCCAGCAGCAACAGAUCCAGGUGGACAGUGCCGAUCACGUUCCUGCUUACUCAUACCAGUCCAACAACGGCCUGAGCGAAUGUUCCUGUGACAGCGUUGCCUUGAGACAGAGGGUGGCUGCACUGUGAAUGUGAGGAAAAGAAAGAGAUUACUUCCAGAUUGCCCAGGCACCAAAAAAGAGACACUUUUUUUCAUUUCCUACCUGGCCUACAAGAAAAAAAAAAAAAAUCAAGACUGAGGCAAAGAGUGCUGAGGAAAAGAGGGGAUGUGGGGGAAAUUACUGGGCACAGUGCAAAGAAGUAAAUUGUUUUAGUCUGGGAAUGAAACCCGCCUAAAGGGCUGGGCUGAAGCUUGAAAAGCUUCUCAAAGAAAAUUCUCAACUAAUAAAAAAAAAAAAUAGAAAAGGCAAAAAAUAAAAUAAAAAGAGAAAACAAAAAAAAUGGUUGAAUGCGCUGGUAGGUGAUGAAGUUUAUUUUGUAAUUAGAAAGGGGGAGGCAAAGUUUGAGAUACACACAGAGAUUGUCUUCCUCAGAUAUUAAGCUACGGUUUCUUUUCAGUCUUUUUUUUAUGUUCUAGUGUUAAAGCUUAGUUUUCUAGAUGUAUUUGAAAAAAAGGGUUUUUUUCUUCUUUCUUGAAUCUUCAUGGCCUUAAUUUGGAGGGCGCCAGAAACUUUUUACAGAGUGGAAGUCUGACGUCUAGUUGGGAGGGUUUAAAAACAAAAAAAACAAACAAAAAAAAAAGAAAACAGUCUCUUGGACCUCUAUGGGGAGGGGUUCAAAAUGCUGAAUGAGUUGCUCUAAAGAGAAAAAAAAAAGAAUCUAUCACAUAAGCUGUACAGAUUUAAUAGAGAAAAGCUUUUUGUUUCAUUUCUUCGUUAGAAGAAAACUUUGAUAAUUAUUAUGUCAGAGGUAACUACGUGUCAGAAGUAAACAAAAUGUCUGUUGUUGGGAUGGGGUGGGAGGGUGACGCAUCGAAGAGAUUUUACACAAUGGGAAAAAGUAGAAAACAUAAGACACGCUGCGCUGUGGGUGCAGCCUGUUGCAAAUGCUGAACUUGUUUUUUUAUUCUCAUUAUCAUUUUACAUGCCGCUCUCAAUGACAUUAGUGCUUUUUAUCGGCCACAUUUUACCUUUUUUAUGAGCUUUAAGAUGUUUCUAGACUGCUUUGCUUGUCACACUG